AUGGGUGACGCAGGCCUUUUCCAGCAGCGUGACCGCCACGAGCUGACGCGGAGAGCGUUGAAAGUGACGGACAGCUGCCAAGCUCGCCUACAAGCUCCUGCAACUGGCACACCACACGUGAUCCGCUCCAAUACCGCCUUUGAUUCAAAAUUUAUUUCUUUCCCUUCUUCGCCUCCUUCACACAACACAGCACCGCAGAUUAUCCCUCACCUCACCGCGACGCAAGCCGAAGUGCUUCAUUCACGCAAGCUCACACUAGAAGUAUUGGUUUGUGAGCGCGCUCCCAUGCUUCGGCUGCCCAGCAUGCCCCCAGGCCAACUGUCGCACAGGCUCUGCAAAUCAGAACAGCCGAACAACACUGGCUUGUUCUCGGAGUCUGAGAUUCUCGGGAACCCGCAACCUCAGCUGAAGCUUGAUACGGAUUCCGAAAACUGCUUUGGUCAACUUCCGGAUGCCACUAGCCGCCUGAAACAAGAAGGCCCAUCGCUGGCACCGCCAGCAUCUCCUGGCCACAACGAGGCGUCUGUUCGCCGGAAUAAUGACGAGCCCUCCAGUGACCUGUCGGCAAACGAAGAAAAUUGCGAUGUUUCCCAUGGUGGCCAGAACUUGUCGACUGUUGCCCCAAACUCGAGUCUUUCCCAACUCAAAGAGGGGCGUGAUGAGCACGAUAGCCAAGCCUCCGUCCCAAGUGAGCGACAAAGCACAAGUUCCAGCUUACUACCCUCCGCUGAACCACGCAGCGCCCUUUCUGUUUUACUCGAAAGACUCGCCAGCAUGAGUGACCGUUUGCAUUGCGUAGUGGACGAAAACUUUGACAUUGAUACCAUUGCAUGGCUCGUUAUCGGGCUUGGAGCCGAUGAGUCUCGGCAACGUCUCUUCAAUUUUCUUGAUGAAGCGACAAUGGGUGUAUGGUAUUGCUUGGGUGACGUCGUCUCUCAGUCCUUUCGCUUUCUGAUUGAACUGGAAUCUCCCGAGGAGGCUUGUGUAUCUCAUGGACUGUCAUGUAAGCGAGUUAUGGUGGUUCAAGAUGAGCUUGGCUGCAGACAACUUCGCUUCAAGACAGUUCAUCGCGCUGAAUGA